ACUUCUCUCUCCCUCAACUCCCAUCACCCCCUCUCCUUUCUAAUCAUCACUUCCUUUCCUUUGGAAGCGCUCUCUCUCUCUCUCUCUCUCUCUCUAUAUAUAUAUAUAUAUAUAUAUACACACACACACACACGCACACACACACACAGCCUCUGAAGAUGUCUCUGUUUGCGACAGCUUCUCCAGAAUAGAAACGAGAUUGGCAUGAGGGAGUAGUUAGCUGAACAAGUGUAUUGGUACGUUUUAGACGCUUUCUGACUUUGUAGCUCACGCCCGCCAGUAUAUUCCUUUCCGUUUGGACUUGGAGAUCUUCUUAGCUUUAUGCUCUGCAGAAUCUUCAUUGCUUAAAUUAUCCCACAGCUUUAAUUCGAUAGCCCCACCCGAGAUUCAACUCUGUUUCAUGCGUUUUUUACUUCGCGGAAUUGUGAUUGUUGAGACUUGAAAGUGGUGAAUUUGAUCGAUUUAGAAAUGGAUUCGGUUCGAAAUAUGGUUUACUAUUGCUGUGUAGCAAAGGGAAACAGGAUUCUCUACGCUUAUAGCGGCGGAGGAGGAGAAGAUCAUGAGGUGGAUAGUUUAGUUUCAUUGUGCUUGGAGAGCACUCCUCCUUUUCAUAAGUGGUAUUUUGAGACAAUGGGGAAGAGGACCUUUGGGUUUCUCAUUGAAGAUGGCUAUGUUUAUUUCAUUAUUGUGGAUGACAAUGUCAGAAAUACAGGGGUUCUUCAGUUUCUGGAGGAUUUUAGAGACGAAUACAAGAAGGUUGCUAGAAAGGGGUCAAGGGGAAGUUUGUCCAAUAUGAACUCUAUCUCUGUGCAAGAGCAUUUAAUUCCUGUUAUCCGCCGCUUGAUCGCCUCUUUACAGAAUGUUUCUCAGGCGGGUAGUAGUGCUUGGACAGGUGCGACCCCGUCACUUCACGCCAGUCUGUCUCCAUCACCGAGUAGUAUUGCAAAUGGGCAAAUUGAAGUCUCCAGUUCUACGAAAGCUCCUUUAUUGGGCAAGUCUUCCAAGCAAGAGAAGAAGAAGGCAAAGGAUCAUGUUAUUGGAAUGAGAGACAUCGAAUUGGAGGAGCACAGAAAAUCGACCGAUAGAGGAGUUAAUAUUGAUUCGAUUUCAGCAACUUUAGAUUCUUCUAACCAAGCUGGAGCAGGUUCUUCAAUCUCCCUGCAAAAGGAUUUGGGGUCGAUGAGGAUCAGAUCCACUUCUCAAACCAUUCGGAAGAAGUGGCGGCGUCAAGUACGUAUUGUGCUUGCUAUUGAUGCUGCCGUCUGUCUAGUACUAUUUACGAUUUGGUUAUUCAUCUGUCGCGGUAUCAAGUGCAUCCGUUGAGGGACUUUACAGUCUUCCUAUGGUUGAAUGAUUCAAAAACUAAUCAAGAUUCCAAAAUUGCCCGGAAAUUCCUGUAAUCAUGGCGGUGAACGGCUGAUAAUUGUUGUAUUGGUUAAAAGGGGUUGGUUGUUUUGCAAAUACAGUGAAUAGAAGAAGCAACAGUGAAGUUUGUGAAUGAUUGGGAAUUUGUAUCUGCUUGGUGGGGAUGCGCUUGGAGAUAUAAUAUGCAUUCGGCAACAUCAGAUUUAGAGACUUGACUGUACAGUUUUCAUAGGUUUUCUGUACGUGGAAUUUUAUGAGAUUAUCAGAAUCAUUAUUGUGAGUGUUUGUUUCCACGCCCUUCUGCAGUUACCGAGACUUUUUGUUUGUUUGUUUGUUCCUUCCACAAGUCAUUCAAAUGGUCACUUUGCAUUUUGUAACAUGCUGCUCCUACUGUACUGCUAUACAGCUAAUCACAUGGGCCUUUUCCUUUGCCCGCAUCUCAUUUUUAUCUUCAUCUUUAAUUUGACAACGGUGGU